AUGGAUGUCGCCAGAGCUAAACUGACCAGAGAAAUAAAACCACAAAGACCCGAAGUGAAGUCAAUUAAUGGACCGCAGCGGAUUCCCUUGUCAAAUGGAAAGAUUGCUCAGAGGCCUGUUGUGACUCCAAUCCAGCCACAGCGGAUCCUGGCCGUAUCAAAUGGGCCUCAGCGUGUGCCACGACCAAUGAGCCAACAGAAACCAGUUUCAGAUGUCUCUAGUAAUAUCAAGACCAAGCACACAGCCACUGAUCAGAACGUAAACCCUGUUGCUCAGAAUGUAAACCAUAUGGCACAACCCAAGCCCAUUGCCCAACAAAGCCAGGUGAAGACAACGGUGCUCAAGGGCAGUGCUGAGCCUGUCAAAACAGUGACAGAAACGUCAAAGCAAGAAAAACCACAAAGUAAGAGUGCUACCAAGAAAGAAUGUACCAAUGCUGCCUCAUCAAAGAAAAAAUGGAGCCUGGAGAACUUUGACAUUGGCAGACCUUUAGGAAAGGGAAAAUUUGGCAACGUCUAUCUGGCCAGAGAGCGUCAGACCAUGUUUAUCCUCGCCCUGAAAGUCCUUUUUAAGAAGCAGUUGGAGAAGGCUGGGGUUGAGCACCAGUUGAGGAGAGAAGUGGAGAUCCAGUCUCACCUCAGGCAUCCUAACAUCCUACGUCUCUAUGGCUACUUCCACGACUCAUCUCGUGUAUACCUCAUCCUGGAGUUUGCACCCAAAGGAGAACUCUAUAGUGAGCUAAAGCGCUGCGGCAGUUUUAAUGAGGAAAGGAGUGCCACGUACAUCAUGGAGCUGGCAGAUGCUUUGAACUACUGUCACUCCAAGAAGGUGAUCCACAGGGACAUCAAACCAGAGAAUUUGUUAUUGGGGGCCAAUGGGGAGCUGAAGAUUGCAGAUUUUGGCUGGUCUGUCCACACACCAUCCUCCAGGAGGUCUACCCUGUGUGGAACUCUGGACUACCUUCCUCCGGAGAUGAUUGAGGGUAAGACACAUGAUGAGAAGGUGGACCUGUGGAGCCUAGGUGUCCUUUGCUAUGAAUUCUUGGUGGGCAGCCCCCCAUUUGAGACAAAUAGUCAUGAGGAAACAUACCGCAAGAUAUCACGGGUGGAGUUUUCUUACCCUGCUAAGGUCAGUGUCAGCUCUGGUGCCAGAGACUUGAUUGGCCGACUUCUGAAGCACAACCCCAUGCUCAGGCUGCCCAUUCAAGGUGUCUUGUGUCACCCUUGGGUGGUCGAGAAAUCGACCAAGAAGCCCACCAAUUUAUCGGCCAGCACAGAGCCCAGUGAAUGACAUGACUUCUGCAACAGUGGCAGCUUCCCUUGUUUUCGUCAUCCUGAGAUGAUGAAAGAGAUUUCAGUGCAUCCUGAGAGGAUUUUUUUUUUUUUUUUUUUUUCAAUGACGUGAAG